UGACUUCUAUUAUAUAUUGCUUACCUUUUAAGGCUGUCCUUGAAAAAAAUGUUUUGAUCAAUACAACUGUAACAUAUUGCUUUUUCUCAGGAGAAAGCCGCACCCACAUGAUGAAGAAAAUAUAGAAAUACAACAGUAAAACAUAACCAUUGCCUCAAAUAUUCUUUAAAGGCAAAUAAAAAAAGAAAAGUAUUUUGUGGAAAUGGAUAAUGAAGAACAUAAAGAUAUAUUGCUAAAGAUUGCAAAUAAUCUGCUGGAAAAAGAUGUUAAAGCAAUAAAGUUUUAUUAUGCAUCAAAAAUUGGCUAUGCUCAUCUUGAAAAGAUCAAAACUUCUAUUGAAUUAAUUCAAACUUUAGAACAUCGUAUGGUUCUUGGGGUUGAUCACUAUGAUGCUUUUGUUGAAGUACUUAACAAAAUUGGAAGGAAUGACCUGGCAAAACAUUUUUCUCAAACUUCGAGUUCAAAAGAAAGUUCUUCUAAGAAAGAUAUAUCAGAGAUAUGCGCAGCACUCAAAAGUUUCUAUCUUACAAAUUAUGUGAAAAUAAAUGAAGUUCAAGUACCACUAAAAUCACCUGUAAAUGUUGAUUUAAUGCAUAAGUUUGUUGAUCUAUGUAUUGUUGAUGCAGUUAAUACUCAAAUAGAUGCUGUUUUUAGUGUUGAACGAGAGGAUUUUCUAAAAAAGCAAAUGCAUUAUACACCAAUUCCAUAUAAUGAAAUUUUUAUGAAAGAAAAAUCUGUAACUUUAAUAUCUGGAAUAGCUGGUAUUAGGAAAACAUGGUUGCUUAGGAAAUGUUUGCUUGAUUGGUCAAAUGGUCUAAUUUGGAAAAAUGUUAAACUUGUGUUUUAUUUGGAAUGCAGAAGGCUUAAUCAAUAUCAAAAUAUUUCAAAUAUUAAUGAAUUACUAAAUGUUUUCUACAAAGAUAUUGUAAAUGAUUUUGAUAUUAGUAUUUAUUCUGUGCUCUUUAUAAUUGAUGGAUUAGAUGAGUUUAAAUAUCUGAAUGAAUUAAUAAAUUGCAGUCCGAGUUAUAACUAUCCAAUUGUUGAUGUUUUAACAGAAAUUCGAAAAUAUAAAUAUGUAGUUGCUGGUAGAGUUUAUGCAAUUGAUCAGUAUCAAAGUAUAUCUACAGAGGAUUGUGAUAAGAUAAACAUCCAAAUUAUGGGAUUUAAUGAAGACGGAAUAAAUAGUUAUAUAGAAAAUAAUGUUUUAGAGGAAAAAAAAGAUGUUGUGAAAACAACUUUGAAGGAAUCUGCAAUUGCAAAAUCAAUGUCAUCUGUUCCAUUUUAUUUAUCUUUCAUGUGUAGGAUUAUUAGUAAUUCAAAAUAUUUAUACAAAAAUUCGUUUUUAACAAUGACAGACUUGUAUGCAAAUAUUUUUUUACACUUUUUGCAAAAACACAUCAUCAAAAACAAUGAAUCGAUUUUUCAUUUUAUGAAAAACAAUCACAAUAAAGUAUAUGUUUUAAACAUUUGUAAAAUUGCAUAUCAAUUGUUUGUUGAAAAUAGAGUAAUUUUUUCCAAUGAAGACAUUCAAACCUUUAUCAUUGACUUUGAUAAAAAUGAAGAAACUUUUUUUGGAUUUAUUGAAAGGAUUGAAACAAGUCUAGGUGAAUAUAUUUAUCAAUUUGCACAUUUGACAAUAAUGGAGUUUUGUGCAUCUAUAUAUGCAUAUAAUUGUUUAAGUAGUGAAGAGAUUAUGACCAAUGAAAAGCUGAAGAGUUGUUUAUCAAUGAUUUGUGGUUUAACCAAUAAAAAUCAAAAUAGUUCCUUAAAGUUUCUUGUUAACCUGAAUCCUUUAAAAAAAUCUUGUGAAGAUUCUUUAUUUUUGUUUUCUAUUUUUGGUAAGUCUAUAAUACUUUAUUGCAUUAUUGUAAAUUAUUUUAUAUAA